GCGGGUUCUGAUUUUCCUCAGAGACUUCUCAGUUCUCAGAGUUCCAGCAGCAGAAGAGAAGAAGAGAAGAAUAAGAGAAGAAGGGAAUAAGAGAAGGAGAGCAGGAUGAGCGAGGACGGGGCUCGGCCGCCGCUGCACUGAGGACAUGGAUUAUCGUGGCGACGGAGGACGGCGGCUCCGUCUGGUCGUCCCGCUGGGUCUGGUCUGGAUUCUGCUGCACAGGACCGUUCUGGGCUGCAGCUCCACCGACUGUAACCUGGUGCUCACGGAGGCGCAGGGGCAGUUCAGCUCGCCCUGCUACCCCCAGAAAUACCCCAACUCCAAGACCUGCAAGUGGACCAUGCAGGCGCCGGCCGGCUUCAUCAUCCAGCUGUCCUUCCUGGACUUCGAGCUGGAGGAGGCGCAGGGCUGCAUCUACGACCGCGUGGAGGUCAACACCGGCGUCGCCGAGGUCAAGUUCUGCGGCCUGACGGCCAGCGGCCUGUCGCUCAACUCCACGGGGAACGUGAUGGAGCUCAGCUUCAUGUCCGACUUCAGCAUCCAGAAGAAGGGGUUCAGUGUUAGCUUCCAGCACGUCGCCGUGGCGCUGAGGAACCAGAAGGUGGCGAUCACCGGCGGCAACGGCAAGGUCACCAAGGUCACGGAGUCCGUCUCCAUCCCCACGCUGACGGAGCUGACCGUCUGCUUCGAGGUGGAACGCAGCAGCCAGAAAGAGGAGGAAUGGCUGUUCAGCUACUACGACGGCAGCAGCGCUGUCCGGCUGGCGUUGGGCUCGGCCGGCUCGGGGAUGCAGCUCGUCGUGGGCGACGUCUCCUGCUCCGUGGACUCCAUCAUCUCCUCCAGCGACUUCACGCGCUCCAUGAGGCCGUUCUGCGUCCUCUGGACGUCGUCCAACGGCCGCGUGGGCGUUUUCUUCAACGGGAACUACCGGGGGAAGACCUGCUCGUCCUCCAGCGGCCGCUCGGUGCCGGCCGGCGGACUCUUCCAGCUGGGAGGGGAGCACAGCUUCGGCGGGAACAUCUACAACCUGCGUGUGUGGAGUCGGGCCAUGACGGUGCCGGAGCUGAACGCUCUGACCUGCGAGGCCGUGGGGGACGUGCUGGACUGGGACAACGGACACUGGUCCAUCCCGUCCUCGCUGGCCCAGACCGACGGAUCGCUCAGCUGCAGCGCCAACACGCCGCCCAGCACCAGCUGUGACCCCCCCGGACUUGGCUGUCCAGCUGCUUCCUCUCCCGCCACCUCCAUCACUGACUCCACUAACACCACCCACGCUACUAACACCAGCACCCACGUCGCCUCCACCUCCACCUUCUCCUCCACCUCCACCUCCAUCUCCACCUUCUCCUCCACCUCCACCUCCAUCUCCCCCUCCACCCCCUCCGCUAGCAUGUCUCUAUCCCCAACCAGCACCAGCAGCAGCAGUAGCAGCGCCGCCGCCGCUACGUCCACCUCCUCCGCCUCCUCCUCCGCUACUGUCGCCGUCACCACCAGCGCUGCUACGUCUGCAUCCACUGCUACUAAUGUCGCUUCAUCCAGCAGCACAGCGCAUGCCGAACAGACGAGCGGCGUCACGCCGGCAACCUCCUCUGCUCCCACUACUAACCCGGCUACUAACCCGGCCACGCAUGGUUCUUCCCUCGUUUCUUCUCCACAAACAUCUCCGGGUUCGACCCCCGUGGUGCCGUUGCUAACCUCCGAGCAGCCGACGACUAACAUAGCUGCUACGGCGGCUUCUCCUGCGGAGGGCUUGUUCUACCGGGUCUCCUUCCUGGCCCAGUCCCGGCUGGACCUGCAGGACGUGGAGCGAGCAGCCGUCGUCUGGCUGAACCAGACCUUCCAGAACUGGACCCACGUGGUGGACGAGCUCAGCGUUCGGCCCGCCAUGUCCUCAGGAGGAACUCCCACCAGCUACUCCUUCCAGGCGUUGCUGCUGAUCUCCAACCAGAGUCUGGGUGAAGACGGCCUGCUAGCGCGGCUAACCGGCGCUCCGGUGCCGCCGGCCGCCGGCCUGGAUCUCCAGUCCAAGUCCGUCAGCGUCCAGCUCAUCGAGAACUGUGAGGCCGAGAACCUGCUCCACUACCGGUGGCCCGAGACCCGGCCCAGAACCACCCAGUACCUGCCCUGCUUCCCCAACAAGGACCAGAGGGCGUCCCGGACCUGCUGGAUAAACCCGGAAAGCUUCACGUCUUCCUGGUCGCCGGCGAACUUCACCAACUGCACGGUGACCGCAGAAAACGCAGCCGGCGUCGCCGAGCAGCUCGCCAACUUCACCAGGAACAACCUGUCCAACGACGAGGUGUCCCAGGUGGUCAUGAAGGUCAAGGAGCUGGUCCAGGUGGCCCGCAUCGACACGGCGGUGGCCGAGACCGUCGUCAACAUCAUCUCCAACGUGAUGCUCAGCUCCGAGACGGCGCCGGUCAACACCAACAACCGGGCUCUGCGGGCCGUGCAGGAACUGGCCCAGAAGGUGGAGUUCGCGGGUCCGUCCAUCAACAUCUCCUCCAGGAACCUGGCGCUGGGCGUGGUGGCGCUCAACUCCGCCACCUUCAACGGGACGCUGUUCAGCGCCUUCAUCCCGCCCAACUCCACCGACCCCAAGAUCGAGUUUGAGCCGACCAUUAGCCCGUUAGCUCAGGUGACCCUGCCGUCCUCCCUGCUGUCGGGCGUCUCGCCCAACGAAGCCGCCGGCGUCUCUCUGUCCAGGAUCAACUUCCUGUUCUUCAGCAGCACCAACCUGUUCAAGAAGGACCAGAACAGCUUGUCUCUGAACAGCUACGUGGUGGCCAGCAGCGUGGGAAACGUCUCCAUCAGAGACCUCAAGGAUCCGGUCAAGAUCGAGAUCGCUCACCUGCUGGAACCGGUGCAGGCGUCUGCACAUCGAGAGUGCGUCUUCUGGGACUUCAGUCUGAACAAGGGAGACGGAGGCUGGAACAAAAGCGGCUGCAGCGUUUCCGCAGAGUCGACCAGCAACAGAACCAUCUGCCUCUGCAACCACCUGACGCACUUCGGCAUCCUCAUGGACGUGUCUCAGUCGUCGUCCCGGAUUGAUCCGGAGAACAAGAAGGUCCUGACCUUCCUCUCCUACAUCGGCUGUGGAAUCUCAGCAAUCUGCUCGGCUGCGACGCUGCUCACCUACAUCGCCUUCGAGAAGCUGCGGCGCGACUACCCGUCCAAGAUCCUGAUGAACCUGAGCAGCUCCCUGCUGUUCCUGAACAUGGCCUUCCUGCUGAACGGCUGGCUGGCCAGCAUGGUGGACAGCCAGGCGCUGUGCCUGGCGGCCGCCGUGCUGCUGCACUACUUCCUGCUCACCUCCUUCACCUGGAUGGGCCUGGAGUCGGUGCACAUGUACAUCGCCCUGGUCAAGGUGUUCAACACCUACAUACGCAGAUACAUCCUCAAGUUCUGCAUCGUGGGCUGGGGUGUGCCUGCAGUCCUGGUGGGGAUCGUCGUCUCGGUGGAUAAAAACUUUUACGGGGUUCUGGAGGACAGCGAAGACGAUUCGGCGAAGAUGUGUUGGGUCAAGGACAUGAGUGUUUUCUACACCACCGUCGUCGGCUACUUCUGCCUGGUGUUCCUGCUCAACGUCGCCAUGUUCAUCGUCGUGAUGAUGCAGAUCUGCGGCCGCAACGGCAAACGCAGCAACCGGACCUUCAGGGAGGAGGUCCUGAGGAACCUGCGGAGCGUCGUGAGCCUCACCUUCCUGCUCGGCAUGACCUGGGGCUUCGCCCUGUUCGCCUGGGGACCCGUGUACCUGGCCUUCACGUACCUGUUCACCAUCUUCAACUCCCUGCAAGGUCUCUUCAUCUUCAUCUUCCACUGCGCUCUGAAAGAAAACGUCCAGAAGCAGUGGAGGAGGUACCUCUGCUGUGGCCCGUACCGUCUCUCCGAGAACUCAGACUGGAGCAAGACGCCCACCAACAACACGAAGAAGGUGAGCUCCGACAACCUGGCCAAGUCCCUGUCCUCCUCCAGCUCCUUCGGGUCCAGCUCCUCCACCUGGGCGUCCAAGGCCAAGGCUACGCUAACGCCGUUCAGCAGGAAGCAGCGGAACGCAGAUAAAAGCCACUCCGGCCAGAACCCGGCCAAGUGCGUGUCCCUGUCGUCCUCGGACGGCGACCAGAACCAGAACCCCAACCCGAACUCGUCCUCCAUCCUCCCCGUCAGCCAGAUGAUCGACAAGGUGAAGGGCUACUGCUCCACCCGCACCGACAACUUCUACAAGAACAUCAUCAUGUCCGACAGCUUCGCCAACUGCACCCGGCUCUAGUUCUGGACGGAAUAACGCCGGGAAAUGGAAUAACAUUUAAACUUAACUCAAUCCAAAAUGUAAUAAAAUCCAAUAAUGUAAUAACUUCACCAAUAAUGUAAUAAAAUAUCCUGACUGAUAUUGUAAUUACAUUUAUCCCGAUAAUUUAAUACCUUAUUACAUUAUUGGGAAUUUAUUACAUUUUCAGGUGGGUCUUUUUAUUUUUCCAAACUGAUAAUGUAAUACUCGACAAAUAAUGUAAUAUAUAUGUUCAUUUUCAGUUCAGAGUUCUACAUUUUGUGUUUUAAGAAUCUAAGAAUGUUAUAUACGCUGGAUUUGAAACACCAGAAUAACUAUUGGGUUAAAUUGCAGACUUUGAGUAGCACGUAAUAAAUUCCCAAUAAUUUAAUAAGGUAUUACAUUAUCUGUAAAAAUGUUAUUACAAUAUCAGUCAGGAUAUUUUAUUACAUUAUUGGUGAAGUUAUUACAUUAUUGGGUUUUAUUACAUUUUCAAUUGAGUUAAGUGCAAAUUGUAUUACAUUUUCAGGAAAUUAUUACAUUAUAGGAGCUACAAGCCUCCAGGGCCGGUUCUCCAGAGCCGGUUCUCUUCUCUAAAGCUCCAGAGAAGUUCCACGUGUCUCCUGGAGCUCCUCUGGAGCUGCAGAGUUCUCCUGGAGCUCCUCUGGAGCUGCAGAGUUCUCCUGGAGCUCCUCUGGAGCUGCAGGGUUCUCCUGGAGCUCCUCUGGAGCUGCAGGGUUCUCCUGGAGCUCCUCUGGAGCUGCAGAGUUCUCCUGGAGCUCCUCUGGAGCUGCAGAGUUCUCCUGGAGCUCCUCUGGAGCUGCAGGGUUCACCUGGAGCUCCUCUGGAGCUGCAGAGUUCUCCUGGAGCUCCUCUGGAGCUGCAGGGUUCUCCUGGAGCUGCAGAGUUCUCCUGGAGCUCCUCUGGAGCUGCAGGGUUCUCCUGGAGCUGCAGGGUUCUCCUGGAGCUCCUCUGGAGCUGCAGGGUUCUCCUGGAGCUCCAUUUGCCUCCAUGGCAGCUUCUGUAGAGCAACCGAUUCCUUCUAGAUCUCAAGGAAAGUUUCUCCAGAGCUUCAGGGGGUUUGUAGAAUCUAGAAUCAUGUGGAGCUCCUCUAGAAUCACGUGGAGAUCCUCUAGGAGGCCUGUGGAGUCCUGGAGCUCCUCUGGAGAUUCUCUGGAGCUUCUCUGGAGCUUCUUUGGAGCUUCUCUGGAGAUUCUCUGGAGGCUGCAAACCUUCCCUGAAGCCGCAGAACUUCUCAAGAACUGUGGAGCUUCAGCAGAAAGAUUCAUUUUUGGAGAACCCGGUUCCUCCGGGAGGCUUUUGGUCGGCCUUGAGGAGCAGAACCAGAACCUGGACCCGCUUUGUAGAACCUUCUGGUUCUCACCCCACCAAUCCCAGGAGGACCUUCCUGUCCAACCUUCACGUAUCCUCCUGCAGCAGGAGGUCCAGGAGCUGCAGGAGGUCCAGGAGCUGCAGGAGGUCCAGGAGCUGCAGGAGGUCCAGGAGCUGCAGGAGGUCCAGGAGCUGCAGGAGGUCCAGGAGCUGCAGGAGGUUCAGGUUCAGCCUCGCUGAGCUGCAUUUUGUAAUAAACGUCCAAAAUGUAAUAACUUUUUCCAUUUCAUUUUGUCAUAAAGCCGCAUUUUGUAAUACAUUUUGCCACAUUAUGUAAUAAGUUAUUGCAUUUUGAGAAGAUUAUUAUAAAAUGCACUUGCAACUUUUUUUAUUUUCUAGGAAAUGUAAUAACAUGGUGCAUUAUGUAAUAAUACAUAUUAUUGUUGUUUGUUUAACAAUGAAUUUAUACAAGAGUGACUUUUCUUGUUUUUUAUGCAAUUUCCCUCAGAGUUAUGUAGCCCAAUAAAUCUAUGUAUAAAACUUCAAAUAUAACUACCGUAUUUUCACGACCAUUCGGCGCACCGUGUGAAAAGGCGCACCCUCAUUUUUGUGUGUAAUUUUUGGAUUUAGAACACACAUAUACGGCGCACUGACCCAAAAGGCGCUGUCUACAGACACGGAGCUGCACACACACGCCCCGCAAAACACACACGCGCGCCGCAAAACACACACGCGCGCCGCAAAACACACACGCGCGCCGCAAAACACACACACGCGCCGCAAAACACACACGUGCGCCGCAAAACACACACACAAGCACACAAGUGUGCUUAUUUAAAAAUAGAGCGGGAACAAAACUUAGUUUGAUUGUAUUUUAUUUCAGUUUUUACAUUAAUCAAACCCUUCAAAGUCUCAUCCUCUGUUUCUGCAUUAAAGAGCUCCGCUAAUUCAGCUGCGCCAGUCCCAAUUUCCUCGCUGUCAGUCACUUUCUGUGCCGUGCGGCGCCUCGGAAAUGCCGGCUUUUGCAAAAGCCCGAACAACAGUCCCAGCAGACACAUUAGCCCACGCAUGAUGUGUGAAAAAAACCACCGGGUCGCCGCACAUAGACCACCGUUUCAUUGGGCGCGCAGCACAUUUUUAAAAAGAAAAAAUAAUUUUAUGUGCGCCUUAUGGUCGCGAAAAUACGGUAGUUGCCUAUUUGAAGUUUGGAAUUAUAUACGUAGGCCGAUAACAAACAAAUAAACUAUGCUUUACAAUUGUUAUUACAUAAUGCACCAUGUUAUUACAUUUUCUAGAGAAUAAAAAAGUUGCAAGUGCAUUGUGGCAGGGUGGAGAGGCUGACGGGCCACACCUGUGUCCCGUCAGCCUGAGUGGCUGCAGCUCCUCCACCCUGCCACACCUGUGUCCCGUCAGCCUGAGUGGCUGCAGCUCCUCCACCCUGCCACAUGCAUUUUGUAAUAAUCUUCUCAAAAUGUAAUAACUUAUUACAUAAUGCGGCAAAAUUUAUUACAAAAUGCGAUUUUGGGAAUAAAAGGGAUUUACAGAAUAUUCUGAUAGUCUUCCAACUAUCUCCUGUUGCAUCGAGAACUUUUUCUUUCCGUUUUCCGUUUUAAGUGUAUUUUAAUGUUCAUCUGUGCUCAUUAUUGUUUAGUUGUCCGAGGUUUUUACUGUAGCUUUAAAUGAAGACCAAACCUCACUUUUAAGAUUUGUGUUGACGGUGAAGAUGCACAGAUUUGUCUUGUUUUAUUCUGUUUCAUUAUCAUGUGACCUUUUUCAUUUUUGCCAUUGGGACUUUCUAAAAAUAUCAUUAACUGCAUGAAAAGUAGCCCUUUUUUUUUCACUUUCAGCACUUUGGCCAUUAAAUCUUUUUCUUUUAGUCAAAUAGUUCCAGAACGUAAAGUGCAUCUGCAUCAUUUCUCCACGUUAUUGUUUUUCUGUAAAAACCUUAAUAAGAGUCGUCUUAUUGUAGUUUCACACUGACAUUAUUCUUAUAGAAAAUAAAGACGAUAAAAUAUCUGGGAAACACUAAUUACCCAUAAUUCAUCAGCAGCAGGAACUCUCGGUCAUUCCAGAUCCUUGAUUCUUUUAUUUCCCAUCAUUCCGACGUAGAUCUGCUGUCGUGUUUGGGAUCAUUUCCUGUCACAUGACCCAGUCAGUCACGUGUCUUUCUUACUGUAGAACCAUAAAUCGCUUGGAAAUGGUUUCACGAGCCUUUUCAAGACGACACUUGCUCUUCUGAGACCAUUGCUGACCUCUUACCCUCUUGGUGUUGUGUUAACACAGAUGAUUAUACGCUCAUAAAGAAACCAAAGUGAAAUCAUCCGGGAGCAGGAAAGGGUUGGCCAUUUUCUUUAUUUACUUUUAUCUUAUAAAUCCUUUUUAGUUCUUUUUUUUUUUUUAAUUGUUGAAUAAAUAUCUGCGCUGUAAACUAAGUUAUAUGUCGCUGUCUGAGGUUGUUGAAAUAUCUUCCACAGAAACUCUGUUGAAGUGUUUCCAUGAUUGCAGGAAUUUUCUGGGCUGUAAAUAAAAGCUUUAUUUGGCUCAAA